GGAAAGUAGGAGCAGAGAGAAAAAAUAGAGCAGAAAUCAAAACAGAGCAAGAGCUGCUUGGCUCACUGGGGGUAUAUAUUAGGUGGAGGCCAAACCAAACCUGAGCGGUUUUGCGUCUGGACCUGUUUCUACUACACUGGUUUUGUGGAGUGAACAGUUCUGAAGAGUGAAAUUUGGGGGUUUUGCGGAUUUGGGUGUUUGGGAUUCUGCUCUGUUACUUGGGAAUGACUAUUUGAGGUUGAUUUUUUGAGUAGACUACAUUUGCUGGGUUUAAGCUCAUAGUGCGAUUGUCGUCGAGUUUGUGGACUCGGGUCUGUGAGGCUAGUUUAUACUCGGGUUUGGGGACUUUUGUCUAGCUAGCGGCAGCAAUGUCGAUGAACAAUAAUAACCCACCUAAGAAUCUUGGAGCGUCGUCGUCGCCCUUUAGGAAUUCUGGGAUGGUGGCUCCAUCUAUGUCUGCAAACCCUUUGUUUCAACAAUCGCAGGGUCAAGCACAACUUGGGGCCGGUUAUCAGCAACAGUUUCAGCUAUCCCAAGCGCAGGCGAUUGCACAGGCUCAGUCGAAAUCUCAAGCACAUGCCCAUGCCCAAGCACAGGCUCAAGUGCAGGCACACGCCCAAGCUCAGGCUCAAGCCCAAUUCCAGGCUCAGUUACAGGCUCAGGCGAUGUCCCUAAACCAGAAUCAAACAGGUUCUAUGGGGAAUUCACCAUCAUAUUCCACACCUGGAAGUGGAAGUGUCAAGCGCUUCCCUCAGAAACCUCCGGUUCGCCCUCCUGGUCUUUCACCUACGAACAUGAUUUCACCCAUUAGAACCAUGGACCUCUCAGCUGCUAAUCGUAAAAAGAAGCAGAAACUUCCCGACAGACAGCUACAGGACAAAGUAGCCACCAUAUUGCCGGAAUCUGCUCUGUACACCCAGCUUCUUGAGUUUGAGGCUCGUGUGGAUGCUGCGCUUACAAGAAAGAAGGUUGACAUCCAAGAAGCUCUGAAGAGCCCCCCUUCGAUUCAGAAAACCCUUCGCAUUUAUGUUUUCAACACUUUUGCCAAUCAGGUUCGCUCAAUUCCACAGAAACCAAAUGCUGAACCCCCUACUUGGACACUGAAGAUAGUUGGGAGGAUCUUGGAAGAUGGGGUUGACCCUGAUCAGCCUGGAGUGGUCCAGAAAUCAAAUCCCUUUUACCCAAAGUUUUCAUCUUUCUUCAAGAGAGUAACCAUAUCUUUGGACCAGAGGCUAUAUCCUGAUAAUCAUAUCAUUAACUGGGAAAAUGCAAGGUCACCUGCACCACAUGAGGGAUUUGAGGUAAAGAGAAAAGGGGAUAAAGAAUUUACAGUGAAUAUACGCCUGGAAAUGAAUUAUGCGCCUGAGAAAUUUAAGCUUUCACAACCUUUGAUGGAAGUUCUUGGUAUUGAAGUGGAAACUCGUCCAAGGAUUAUAGCUUCAAUCUGGCACUAUGUGAAGGCUAGGAAAUUGCAGAACCCAAAUGACCCCUCUUUCUUUAACUGUGAUCCACCCCUUCAAAAAGUGUUCGGAGAGGAAAAAAUGAAAUUCACUAUGGUGUCCCAGAAGAUAUCUCAACAUUUGUUUCCCCCACAACCUAUACAUUUGGAGCAUAAGAUGAAGCUUUCUGGGAAUAGUCCAGCUGGGACAGCAUGUUAUGAUGUGUUGGUAGAUGUGCCUUUUCCUAUUCAAAGGGAAUUAACUGCUCUAUUGGCCAAUUCAGAGAAAAACAAAGAAAUCGAUGCCUGUGAUGAAGCAAUAUGUGGAGCUAUCAGAAAAAUCCACGAGCAUCGGCGCAGGCGAGCUUUUUUCCUUGGAUUUAGUCAAUCACAUGUGGAAUUCAUCAAUGCACUGAUUGAAUCUCAAAGCAAAGAUUUAAAGCUUGUAGCUGGAGUAGCGAGCCGUAGUGCUGAGAAAGAACGGCGGUCAGAUUUCUUUCAUCAACCAUGGGUUGAAGAUGCUGUUAUCCGAUAUUUGAAUCGGAAGCCAGUUGCAGGUAGUGAUGGUCCUGGGAGCGCAUGAUUAGACUGUUUAAGUGUUCAUGUGGUGCCGUGCUUGUAUUCUUUGGCAGCUAAACUUCCCAGAAUAUGUAGGAGAUUAUACAAUUCACUUUUCUUUGUAGUGUUGGGAGGACGUUGCUGCAUAUCAUAUAGCUUGUUUAACCAUUAAUUUUUCAUGUACUUGAUCAACUGCUGAUUAUGCUUUAUGUAUUGUAAUUUAUGCUCGA